AACUCAUCCGGCAGCAGUCAGGUGGUUUGUCAUGAGGAAGUAAACAGCGACGGAAAGUGGAAGAUUCAAAGAGGCAAGUCACAGUGUGGCUCUGUUACACAACCUUCAUCUCCGCUUCUUCUGGCCACAAUGGUCGAUUUCCUAGCGGAGAACAAUCUGUGUGGCCAGGCCAUCCUCAGGAUUGUUUCCAGGGGAAACGCCAUCAUUGCAGAGCUCUUGCGCCUCUCUGAUUUCAUCCCUGCAGUUUUCAGGUUGAAGGACAAAAAUGACCAACAGAAAUAUGGAGAUAUUAUAUGUGAUUUCAGUUACUUUAAGGGUCAAGAGUAUUAUGAAGGGAAGCUGGAAGCCAAACCUGACCUACAGGACCUGGAUGAAGAGUUUAGAGAAAACAACAUUGAAAUUUUAUCACGUUUCUAUCUGGCCUUUGAGAGUGUCCACAAAUACAUAGUGGAUCUUAACAGAUAUUUGGAUGACCUACAUGAGGGUGUUUAUAUUCAGCAGACUUUGGAGACUGUGCUUCUCAGUGAGGACGGAAAACAGCUUCUCUGUGAAGCUCUGUAUUUGUACGGAGUCAUGUUGCUGGUUAUUGACCAGAAAAUUGAAGGUGAGGUCAGAGAGAGGAUGCUUGUUUCCUACUAUAGAUACAGUGCGGCCCGUUCGUCAGCUGAUUCAAACUUAGAUGAUAUCUGCAAGCUCCUCCGUAGCACUGGCUACUCCAGUCAGCCUGGAGCCAAACGGCCGCCCAACUACCCGGAAAGCUACUUCCAGAGGGUUCCCAUCAGUUCUACUUUCGUCAGCAUGGUCAUUGGGAGGCUUCGCUCAGACGACAUCUACAACCAAGUGUCUGCUUACCCGCUACCAGAGCAUCGAAGUACAGCUCUGGCUAACCAGGCGGCCAUGCUGUAUGUCUGUCUCUACUUCAGCCCCCCCAUACUGUACACUCAGCAGGCCAAGAUGAGGGAGAUAGUGGACAAAUAUUUCCCUGACAACUGGGUUAUCAGUAUCUACAUGGGUAUCACUGUCAACCUUAUGGAGGCCUGGGAACCAUAUAAAGCUGCCAAGACCGCUCUCAACUACACCCUGGACUCUGCCAACAUCAAAGAACAGGCGAGUCGGUGUGCAGCUAGCAUGGAGAGUCUUCGGCCUCAGGUGCAGCAGCUGCUGAAGGAGGGUUUCCUCAGAGAUGAGAUCAUUCUCGACAACAUUCCCAAAUUGCUCAACUGUCUGAGGGACUGCAACGUUGCUAUCCGCUGGCUGAUGCUCCACACUGCAGAGUCAGCUUAUGACCCAAACAACAAACGGCUGCGUCAGAUAAAGGAUCAGGUGUUAAACGACUCCAGAUUCAACCCAAAGAUCUUGUUCCAGCUGCUACUCGAUACGGCUCAGUUUGAGUUCACAUUCAAAGAGAUGUUCAAGCAGAUGCUGUCAGAGAAGCAGAUCAAAUGGGAGAGCUACAAGACAGAGGGAUCGGAGAGAAUGACAGAGCUAGCUGAAGUCUUCUCUGGGGUCAAACCCCUCACCAGGGUGGAGAAGAAUGAGAACCUACAGGCCUGGUUUAGAGAAAUCUCCAAACAGAUUGAGUCAUUGAACUAUGAGGACUCGACAGCAGCUGGUAGGAAGACUGUCCAGCUCAUCCAGGCACUCGUUGAGGUGCAGGAGUUCCACCAGCUGGAGUCAAACCUGCAGGUGUGUCAGUUUCUGCAGGACACCAGGAAGUUCCUUCAUCAAAUGAUCCGCACCAUCAACAUCAAAGAAGAAGUCCUCAUCACUAUGCAGAUAGUUGGAGAUCUGUCAUAUGCAUGGCAGAUAAUUGACAGUUUCACAUCAAUUAUGCAAGAAAGCAUCCGAGUCAACCCAUCCAUGGUAACCAAACUGAGAGCAACUUUUCUCAAACUGGCAUCUGCUUUGGAUCUUCCGUUGCUGCGUAUCAACCAGGCCAACAGCGCUGACCUGCUGAGUGUCUCACAGUUCUACUCUGGGGAGCUGGUGUCUUACGUCAGGAAGGUGCUGCAAAUCAUCCCAGAGAGCAUGUUCACCUCUCUGGCCAAGAUCAUCAAGCUGCAGAUCCACGACAUCAUGGAGGUGCCCACACGGCUGGACAAGGACAAACUGAAGGACUACUCCCAGCUGGGGGCUCGCUAUGAAGUGGCUAAACUCACUCACGACAUCUCCAUCUUUACUGAGGGCAUCCUAAUGAUGAAGACCACUCUGGUUGGAAUUAUUAAGGUGGAUCCUAAGCAGCUUCUGGAGGAUGGCAUCAGGAAAGAGCUGGUAAAAAGGGUAGCUUAUGCUCUCCACAAAGGACUGAUCUUCAACCCCAAAGCUAAGUCGAGUGAGCUCAUGCCAAAGUUGAAGGACAUGGGAGCCACCAUGGACGGUUUCUACAGGUCUUUUGAGUACAUCCAGGACUACGUCAGCAUUUAUGGCCUUAAAAUCUGGCAGGAGGAAGUAUCAAGAAUUGUCAAUUACAACGUCGAACAGGAGUGUAACAGCUUCCUCAGGACCAAGAUUCAGGACUGGGAGAGUGUUUACCAGUCAACUCACAUCCCCAUCCCAAAGUUCCCUGCAGUAGAUGAAUCUGCCACUUUCAUUGGUCGGCUUUGCAGAGAGAUCCUUCGGAUCACUGAUCCCAAGGUAACAAGCUACAUCGACCAGAUGAACACCUGGUACGACCUGAAGAAUCAUCAGGAGGUGACCAACAACAUGCUGUUUUCUGAGAUCAAGAACACUCUGGGCACCUUUGGCCUCAACGGUCUGGACCGUCUGCUCUGCUUCAUGAUUGUCAAAGAGCUACAGAACUUCCUCAUGCUGCUUCAGAAGAACAUCCUAAAAGACAAAGCGGUGGUAGAUGUCUUCAAAGGUUUGCUGGCUGCUGUCCAUCCAAUCCAGGGCAUUGUGGCUAAUGCAAACAAAGUGUACACCAGUGUUGUGACCAAAACCCAGAAGAUCUGGGGCACAUACCUGGAGGCCAUCAUGAAGGUCGGCCAGAUGCAGAUUCUCAGACAGCAGAUUGCCAAUGAGCUCAACUACUCCUGCAAGUUUGACUCCAAACACCUGGCUGCUGCUCUUGAUAACCUCAACAAGUCUUUGCUGGCAGACAUUGAAGCCCACUACCAGGACCCGUCUCUGCCGUACCCUAAAGAGGAAAACACACUUCUCUAUGAGAUCACGGCCUAUCUGGAGGCUGCUGGUAUCCACAACCCGCUCAACAAGAUCUACAUCACCACAAAGCGCCUGCCUUACUUUCCCACCGUCAGCUUCCUCUUCUUUAUUGCUCAGCUUCCUAAACUUCAGUACAACAGAAACCAAGGUAUGACCUGCAGAAAAGCCACCGACCCGAUUGACUGGCCGCCGCUGGUGCUCGGGCUGCUCACGCUUCUCAAGCAGUUCCACUCCAGAUACACACACCAGUUCUUGGAUCUCAUUGGGCAGUUCAUCCGCUCCAUCAUGGAGCAGUGUACCAGUCAGAAGAUCCCUGACAUGCCGUCUGAUGUGGUGGCAGCACUGAUGUUUUUGGAAGAUUAUGUGAAGUACACCAAACUGUCACGCAAGGUGGUUGAAGCUCAUGUGCCCAGUUUCAUUUUUGAUGAGUACAGAACGAUACUGUGACCACGUGGACGCACAUUUCUUUAGAUAAUAUCUGCUUUUUGUUUCAAUUCUGUUGUUUCCUCACACAUUACACUUUUUAAUGUGACCAGUAAUGUCUUAAUGCACUAAUAUUUUGUUUUGUACAUAAAAAGUUAAAGUUGCUUGUGCCAACUUUGUGGAUUAUUACCUCUGCCAAGAAGACUUUGUGUUUAUUUAAACAGGAUAACCCCAAAACUAUUUUUGUGGUGACACUUGGUGGAAAUGCUUGUUGUUGUAAGAGAAGUAACUGUUAAUAUUCAGGAGCACAUGGAAACACUGUAUUAAACCAUUUUAUUUAAUGUGCCCCCCCUUUCCCCGGAAAAAGCAAACAAAACGUUAAGCACAUUUCUUUGGCGCAAGUUUGUACUCUGAGUGUUUCUCUAGCUUUUGUUGUGCUUUGUUCUUGAUUGUAAUUCCAUAAUAAAUGCAGUUGUUCAUACA